AUGCGUCUUUCUUCCCUUUGGCUAGUUGCUGGCCUCUCCAGCUCAGUUCUGGCUCUUCCUGAAGCAUCGUUGGAGCCUUGGGACAUACAUAGCAGCUGCGAUCCUCACAAGGAUAUCAUCAAGGCUGCUUUGACCCAAUCCAUCGAGUUGGCUGAUGCAGCCAAGUCGUCUCUCGAGAUUGUGCUGAACAAGUUGCCCGACUUUGAUACAGACAAGGACAACCACAUCCGAUGGCAACGAAUCGCCACCCAUAUUCAAAUGGCCUUUGGUUACAAGAUUCCUUCAAGCCCCGGUCCCGGUGAUCGCCGGUACACCGAAGCUCUUCGAGAUAUCUAUGCCAACGCUGUAAGAGUCCUACCAAGCGACAAGAACAGCCCUGAACGCGGCAACAACCCGACCCUGGCCACACGCCAGGGCGCGAAGCCCGUGAUCGCCUGUGGCGAUGAUGUUUUCCAGUGGUACGGACCCGAAGACGAGCCUGAGCCGCAGGUGGGCAAGGUCAAGGAUCAGCCCCAAUUCCAGGACAGGGUACAGCAGAACAACCCAUACCUAGGUGCCUUAUACUUCCAAGGCCGAUGGAAGUUCAGCCGCACCCAGAUGAACUCGUUAGGAGUUUGUUUCGGGAACCGACAGGCCGUUAUAUCGGCGCACGAUGACUUGAUCAUCAUCUGCGGUGCUAUGACUUCUGACAGUAUGAAGAAUCGGCUUUCUCCAAAGGAUUUCAAGGCUUCAGUUACCUCUGGCACAAAACUACAGAGCGGUCUCGUAUCUUUUCACACUCAACUUUGGCAUGAGCUUUGCCAUUGGUUUGGUGGCGUCGUCAGUCCUACUCGGCUCGAGCACAACAUCAAGGACCACCCUGCCGUCAACAAAGAUGGCCAAGUCUUGUACAAGGGAGCUGGCUGA